GAACAAAAAAUAAGUGUUUCAACAAAACAGUAGACCCUGGCAAAACACACACAUGCAUACGAAUACAGAACAGUGAUCAGUGGAAAGCAAUAGUGAUAAAGCAACAAUAUACGAAUGAGAGACCAGUGGAAAAAUUAAAAAGAAAAAAAAAAAGUAAACCACAGUGGGUCCAAACAGAAAAAAAUAUAUAAAAUUUAUUAAUUUUAUAAUUAAAAAAUAAUAAUAAUAAUAAAAAUAGUGAAUAAUAAAUUUAUUAUAUCCACAGAAAAAUAACAAGCAGCAAGCAAAACGACAAUUAAAAAGACACAACGGUUCGGGUAUAACAAACAAAAACCAACAAAACAACCCAGACUCAACAGAAGGAAGAACAAGAACCGAGGGGUAACACAACACAUUCCCAACUUUACAAAGAGAGGCAAAAUGGCAGCAUAUUUACCAGUCCAGAAUUGGAGAGACGAAGAGAGCCCAAGACGCCCUGAAAGGAGAGAAUCCCGUCGCUUAAUUUCAGAAAGAAGCCCGCAACGCCCCGACCGCAACCCACAUCCACCAGAAGCCCACCCAGCCCGCGAACCAGCACCAGUACCCAAUAGAAGCAACCCAGCCCGACACUUCGAACGCCGCCCGAGUCCUGAUCGCAGUCACCGUAGCCGUUCUGAAAAUAGACCAGCCCCCAGAGCUAGAGGAGCACGGCCAGGCCAUUGGCAAUACUCCUGCGGACUGUGUCAGCAGGACCAUGCUCUGAGCUCGUGCCAGCGGUUUAAAGACCAAACUCCGUAUCAGAGAUACGAAACCACUGAGCGGCGGGGAUACUGUCGAAACUGUCUGGCACGAUCGCAUUUGGCCCCCGAUUGUCCAUGCAUUACGGGUUGCCGACGAUGCGAUUAUCGACACCACACCAUGCUACAUGGGGCGCCACAGCUCGAGGAUACCCUACAGCCCGCUCAAAUAAACGAGCCGCCUUUUUCGUGGGAUCUCGUCUUUGUACCCACUGUCAUGCUGCGAGUUACCACCGAAGAUAUAGACACCCACUAUACGAUACGGGCGUUGCUGAGUAAGUCAGCUGUAAUGUCCCGCAUAGGGUACUCUACCUUCCAACGGAUGGGUCUGAGGUCAUUUUUAUACCAAGAUCGUCGUUUUACGACCUUCAAAAUAAUGAGCCGGCGAUCUAAUUCAACAUGGGCGCUGAAGGUCAAUGCUCUUGUGACAGAUGAGCUGCCGAGACGAAUUUAUUCAGACCCCAUACUAGAUGACCCAACCUCAUAUUUUACAGAGCAAGCACUUGCGGACCCAGACCCUAGAAGCAAUGUACCCAUAGACUUGGAAUUAGGCGCAGACACGUAUUCUGCCAUAAGAAAAGAUGGAUGUACCGCGGCUGGAGUGGGUGAUGUUCAGGCGUACAACACUAACAUGGGAUAUGUCUUCGCUGGACCAAUUAGGAACAUGCCAUCGAUGUGAAAAGACGCAUAUUAGCACGGAGUCAUGGGGGCGGAGAAUGUAUGGUCAGUGACCAUACUUUUGGUCGCUACUGUGCGUUUGAAUUUUAAAUUUUUCGGCUAGCGGUACACAAUAUGUUCAUUGGUGCAUAUU